CUUCCUCUCGGUCCCAUAUUGAACUCGAGUUGGAAGAGGCGAGUCCGGUCUCAAAAUGGAGGUAAAACCGCUGCCCGGCCGCCCCCAGCCCGACUCCGGCCGUCGCCGUCGCCGCCGGGGGGAGGAGGGUCAUGAUCCAAAGGAACCAGAACAGUUGAGAAAACUGUUUCUUGGUGGUCUGAGCUUUGAAACUACAGAUGAUAGCUUAAGAGAACAUUUUGAGAAAUGGGGCACACUUACAGAUUGUGUGGUGAUGAGAGACCCCCAAACAAAACGUUCCAGGGGCUUUGGUGUUGUGACUUACGCUUGUGUUGAAGAGGUGGAUGCAGCAACGUGUGCUCGACCACACAAGGUUGAUGGGCGUGUAGUGGAACCAAAGAGAGCUGUUUCUAGAGAGGAUUCUGUAAAGCCUGGUGCCCAUCUAACAGUGAAGAAAAUUUUUGUUGGGGGUAUUAAAGAAGAUACAGAAGAAUAUAAUUUGAGAGACUACUUUGAAAAGUAUGGCAAGAUUGAAACCAUAGAAGUUAUGGAAGACAGGCAGAGUGGAAAAAAGAGAGGAUUUGCUUUUGUAACUUUUGAUGAUCAUGAUACAGUUGAUAAAAUUGUUGUUCAGAAAUACCACACUAUUAAUGGUCAUAAUUGUGAAGUGAAAAAGGCCCUUUCUAAACAAGAAAUGCAAUCUGCUGGAUCACAGAGAGGUCGUGGAGGUGGAUCUGGCAACUUUAUGGGUCGUGGAGGAAACUUUGGAGGUGGUGGAGGUAACUUUGACCGUGGUGGAAACUUUGGUGGAAGAGGAGGGUAUGGUGGUGGAGGUGGUGGCAGCAGAGGUAGUUAUGGAGGAGGUGAUGGUGGAUAUAAUGGAUUUGGAGGCGACGGUGGUAACUAUGGCGGUGGUCCUGGUUACAGUAGUAGAGGAGGCUAUGGUGGUGGUGGACCAGGAUAUGGAAACCAAGGUGGUGGAUAUGGUGGCGGUGGUGGAGGAUAUGAUGGUUACAAUGAAGGAGGAAAUUUUGGAGGUAACUAUGGUGGUGGUGGGAGUUAUAAUGAUUUUGGAAAUUACAGUGGACAACAGCAAUCAAAUUAUGGACCCAUGAAGGGGGGCAGUUUUGGUGGAAGAAGCUCGGGAAGUCCCUAUGGUGGUGGUUAUGGAUCUGGUGGUGGAAGUGGUGGAUAUGGUAGCAGAAGGUUCUAAAAACUCAGAAGAAAAGGGCUACAGUUCUUAGCAGGAGAGAGAGCGAGGAGUUGUCAGGAAAGCUGCAGGUUACUUUGAGACAGUCGUCCCAAAUGCAUUAGAGGAACUGUAAAAAUCUGCCACAGAAGGAACGAUGAUCCAUAGUCAGAAAAGUUACUGCAGCUUAAACAGGAAACCCUUCUUGUUCAGGACUGUCAUAGCCACAGUUUGCAAAAAGUGCAGCUAUUGAUUAAUGCAAUGUAGUGUCAAUUAGAUGUACAUUCCUGAGGUCUUUUAUCUGUUGUAGCUUUGUCUUUUUCUUUUUCUUUUCAUUACAUCAGGUAUAUUGCCCUGUAAAUUGUGGUAGUGGUACCAGGAAUAAAAAAUUAAGGAAUUUUUAACUUUUCA